UCGGAAUUUGCCUCCGAAAAUAUCUGAGUAUAACGGGUCGGGUCGACCCGAAAAUCUCAACCGUCCAUUCUGCUUUGCAUCUAUCGGCGAAGUAAUCAAUCAUCUAUCUUCUUUUGCCGUUUCGUGGUGAUUCCACAACCGUCCUUCAAAUUCCGGCCACCGGAUUACUCUCAUUUUUCCGAUUGGCCGGUCAAUCUGCAAUACCUCUCCGGUCUCUCGACGGAUCUCCUGUUUGCAAUCGCACCCUUACCUUCCUGCUGUUUUUCUGAUACCAUGACUUUUUCCGACGACGAGGACGAAAACCUGGCUCAAUUUCUGGAAUCAGAAGUCCUCUCUGAGGUCUCUGAUAAGGAAGAGGAAAAUGUGGAGGAACCAAAAGCAAAGAGAAAGCGAGUAGAGGAGGCUGAGAGUGCUGAACAAAAUUCUGGUUCAUCAUCUGUGCCGAAGAACAUUGGGGUCAAUAAUGGGGCGGUGCCAGGAAGGAUUGAGACUGGUCAUUUCAGCAAAGUUCCACCUGAGCUUUUUCAUCAUAUCCUGAAGUUUCUUUCCUCCGAGGACCUUAUUUCUUGUUCCUUGGUCUGUAGGUUUCUUAAUUAUGCUGCAUCUGAUGAAGCAUUGUGGCGUCGCUUGUACUGUAUGCGAUGGGGCCUUCUUCCCCCUACAAGGAAGAUAAGGGAAUGCCCAUGGAAAAAGUUAUACAUUCAGCGUGAUGGAGAGGACAUGGUUGAACUUGUUAGAAGUUGUCAAAAUGAGUUUAAGGAGUAUUACAUUCAAAUGCAAGCAGCUAAGCGAAGUCAAGCGCCUCAUCCUUCACAGUUGAAAGAUGAUAAGAUUAUUCUUGACAAGACAUUGGCUGAUCAAGUGUCAUCAUGGAAAAGUAGCAGGGGCCUAAGUGAUACAGUGGUGACUGAUCAUGCUUGUUCUGGGGACACAUGUUCUUACUACCAAAUGGGAGAUGUUUUUAUUUGUGAGAAGACUGGACAAGUUCAUGUCUGUGAUGAUACAUGUAGAGAAGUAGUUAUGGAUCCAACAAACGAGCUUUUGGUCUGUACAAUAUCAGGGCACUGUUUUGAUAGAUUACUGUCACCUGCUGAAAUGGAGCCUGAUGCUGAGCAGCUGCAAGGCGGUGUGACUGAUGAGGCAGAACCAUUUAUGGGAUCUGGCCGUUUUGCACGAGCUUAUUUGCUGGGAUACAAUUGUGCUGAUGAAAAGGAGCUUGAAGCUACUUUGAGGUUUUGCUGAUCCCCACUUUUAGCUCUUCUGGACUGGAUGACCUUAUCUCUCAUCAUUUGUCUAUUUAACAUUAAAUAUGUUGCAGUUUCUCUUGGCUUUAGAAUAUUUGCUCAGUCUUAGAUUAUAAAACUAUGCGUUUGUCUAAUUGUCUUUCAUUUUAGUAUUUAGUAGUUGUAUGCAUGUAUAGUUGAAUUUUUUCAGUAGAGGAAUUUUUCUUUUUUCU